UCCGGUUAAGACUGACAACUUCCUUGGAUGCCUGGCAACAACAAAGAUGGCGCUGAGCCUGGCAGAGCUGGAGGCUCCGCUGGACGGGGACGGGGACCGGGACCGGGACCGGGACCGGGACCGGGACGGAGGAGGAGGAGGAGGGCUGCGGCGCUGCAGAGGGAGACCCAGGCUCACAGACUCCGACCGGGCCCAGAGGCGACUGGAGUCCCGGAAGAAGUACGACGUGAGGCGCGUGUACCUGGGAGAGGCGCACAAGCUGUGGAGCGAGCUCCGCCGCAGGACCAGUCUGAGUGAUGCCGGUCUGGCGGAGUACCUGAUCCUGCUCAACUCCACCUACGGAGACAAGCACCAGCAGGAGGACUGCGGGUAUGCAAGGCCGGAUGUGGGAGGAAACGGGGACGUUUCAACCAUGAGCCCGACUCCAGCCCAGCUGCCCAGGGACGAGGUCUCCUCGCAGGAGGUCCCGGGUCCGCCCGGCUGGGAGAUGGAGACGGAGACGGAGCGGCAGCAAGGCUCCCCGGCUGCAGGGUUUCACUCCGCCUCCUCAGAGGAGGAAGAGGAGGAGGAGGAGGAGGAGGAGGAUCUGAGGCGAGGCAGAGUCCCAGGAGACGAGACCAGGACCGUACGGCACGCCCUACCACACAGAUACGAGUGUGUUGCCGUGGCGUCCUUGGCGGAUCAGCUGGAGAAGACGGACUCGGACUCGGAGCUGUCGGCGGGCGUGAGGGGCUCCCCGGGGCUCCCCGUCCUCCCGGGGCUCCCCGUCCCCCCGGGGCUCCCCGUCCCCCCGGGGCUCCCCUGUGACCAUAGUUUGAUUUCCAAAAAAAGAGGGGACUCCACCGGCCUCGAGACACAAAACAACACAAGGGUUAAAACCCGUCUUAUUGUUGUACUUCUUUCUUCUUCUUCUUCACUACUUGCCCUCUCUCUGCAGAACCACGUCAACCUGGUCCACAGGAAGGGGAGGACCAAGGUGUGCCCCCAUCCCGGCUGCGGGAAAAAGUUCUACCUGUCGAACCACCUGCACCGCCACAUGAUCAUCCACUCAGGUGUCAGAGAUUUCAUCUGCGAGACUUGUGGGAAGUCCUUCAAGCGUAAGAACCACCUGGAGGUCCACCGGCGGACGCACACGGGGGAAACACCCCUUCAGUGUGAGAUCUGCGGGUACCAGUGUCGCCAGCGUGCGUCCCUGAACUGGCACAUGAAGAAGCACACCCCCGAAGCCCACUACAACUUCACCUGCGACUUCUGCGACAAGAGGUUCGAGAAGCUGGACAGUGUCAAGUUCCACAAGCUGAAGAGCCACCCGGACAAGCAGGCCACCUGAGAGAAGUUCUCACCUGGGGACAGGAAGUAACGUCACGGGUCGGCACGGAAACCAAAGCAAGGCUUCUAGUGAGAGAGACGGAGGACUUUCCCUUUUGCUGCGUUCGUCUGGCGUCUCACGUCCAGGAUGAUGAGAACACACCAGCAGAGGAGGAAGAGGCGGGCCGGUCCCAACAGCUGUGCAGGACACAUGCUGG